AAAUCACAAACAGCCGGCGUAAAUGGUUGUCUUCUCCAUCUAAUCAACACUGUAAACUUAUUUUCUGAGAUAUGGCUAACGAUUCAAUCUUCCACUCUGAUUUUUAGACUGGAUGUUCCUCUUCCACUUAUCAAGUUUGGAUGCUUCGUUUCUUAGAGGGUAUGAACAUCAACCUCACACUUAAGUUUAUUGUAUUCCGUCCACCGUCUAAGAGCAGAACAACCUCUGUUUUCUCUGGGACAGCUUCUUAUUUAAGAGGAAUAUCAGCGCGUGAGGAGAGAAGAAAUAGACUUGGGAUGAUGGGUAAUACGCAUAAGAGCUAUGCAACCAUUUUAGAUAUGAAGAAAAUAUCCAUAGCCGGAGCUUCAGUUAUUAAUGGCCACGGAAGGAAAUCAUUUGGAGACGGAGGCGGGAAGACAUUACUUGGCGGUGGUGGUGGUCGGAGUUGCUUUAUUUAACAAGCGCCUGCACCUCCUCUCAACUUCUCAUUGACACCGAGCGGGUCAGUUUAUCAACAGCAUAAGAAAAGGUCCUCUUGGUGCACAUAUCAAACGUGUCAUUGAACUCCUAUUUGAGACAACGCAAGCCUUUACACCCGAGCAAAUAAAUGGUUAUAUUACUAUUCUUUCUAACAAGACUGUUUUUUGAUGGUUUGAGGAACAUAGUGUGAUGGGAGAAGGUUCUUACAAUGCUAAGCACGGUCAAAUAUCCUUAUGGGAUUGCAUUUGUUGAUCUGAAAGUAGCUUACCCGAAUGGCAUGGAGGAUUUGCAGCUUCAACAAAGAUAUGGUUCCUAUCAAGCGCUAAUUGACAAAAGAAUAUGGUUGAUCACAAUUUUAAAUUUCUGCUCCACGACAUAGACAUCCCGAACGACAUGCUUGACGUUUAGAAUGAGGUGCUUAAGAUUUGUCUGGAGCCAGUGAUGAACACUGCGCAAUAAACCAAUACAUUGCACAGAUUCAAGGUAUACAGAAUAAACCAAUACAUUAGAAGAAGAAACAAGAUAUCAGCAAGAGAACAAAACUCAUCAACAUCCAUCUUCCCGAACUCUUCUAUAUCCUCAAUGGCAGCACUUCCCAUAUCAAAUUUUGGGUCAGAUAUAAGUCAAUGAAAUUUCUCUGCGCAUCUCAUCAUUGCAACACAUAGAUCCAGUCUGUAGAGGAUAUCCUCGAUAAGAUAGAAGGGUAAGGUAUCCUUGAUCAAAAGAUGAAACAAAAUACUACCAAAAUUACAACUUUUUCUAUUCUAUGUUUUUAUUUAUGUGAAUAUUUUCGUUUCGUUCAAUGAUUGUGUUGUACUAAUGAUCCUAAGAUUGUAAAAUUGACAACAAAUUCUAGCAUGGCAUACACAA